CUGUCUACUUCCAACCUCUUCGAACACGUUCUCUUUAACCCAACUUCUCUUCCAUUUCUCCUCCUCCAGCCCCCACCGCCUGCCAAAGGCCGCUCCUUCUCAUCCACCUCUUCUCUCUAGGCGGUGGGAAGCCUCCCAACCUCUCAUUCCCACCUCUGUCUCUCUCUGUGGACAGCUCUGGAAGGCUGGGCCAGAGCUAAUUUCAAAGACGGAUCCAAAAAGGACCAGUGCUGGCACUAAAGGUCUUCUCCAAUCACUCUGGCCGUCCCUGGGGCACCAUCUCCUCGCACCUUGACAAAGGUGUGGGCUCAGGACGAUGCAUUCUUCCUUCUGUGUUCCAUUCCAAUCUCCACUCUUCUGCUUGUUUGGCUCCUCUGCCGCAUUGUAAAAGGAUUACCCAUCGAUAAUGGCUAACCCUUGAAUUCUUCGCUGUAGAUUAGAGGUGAUCUAUAUGUGGCAGGCCUUUGCAAUUGCCUCCUUUCCUCUUUGUCGGGUUUGUUAGUCAUGCAACGCUUGGUAGGACUUAAAAUUAAGACCUUUUGUAGAAAUUGAGUGCCGCAACUGUUGGUGAUCUUGUUCUAUCUCUGAGAUUUGACUUGUAUCAGUAUCCCAAAUGGCGAGAUUCAAUUGCUUUUCUACACUUCUGGUUGGGAAGAAGAAGAAGAAAUCCAGAGAAUCUCCCAAGGGUAUAGACUUGAAGAAAGUUAAUGCCAAUGUAGAUCUGCGAGUGAAGCCAGAAGAAUUUGUAAACCCAUUGAUUGGGAAGGGCACAGAGGAGGCAUCUUUCGCUUCAGCUACUCCACUGAAGAGCUCUAUUUGUAAUGUGAAAUUGGUGGAGGAAGCAGAUAGAGGUGAGAACUUGCUAGGAGCUGAGGCUGCUUAUGAGGGGGGUGAUGAGCACGAGGAGAUCGUAUCGAUGAAGAGGGAUUAUUCUGACUUUGAUCUCCAAGCCCGAGCAGCAGACAAAGGAGAAUUCAAUUUUUAUGGUUUGAUUGGUUCGAACAUGGAGUUGAAUAAUUCUGGGCAAGAGAGCAAGUCCGAGAGGGAGGAAGGCAUCACACCAGAGAUGAUGAUUCAGAGUGGGCACGUGAGUGACCCGGGAAUGGGGAGGACUACAGCCUUCUGGGGUUCUCCCAAGCUGAAGCGCUCUUGUUCCAACAUUGAGACAAAGAGAUCUAGUACAUUUCUUGAAUCCCCGACAAAGUCCCACUCCUAUAGUGAUCUCCAAAACUUAUCAGGAAAUGUUGGAGGAGAUGCUUUCAACGCCCUUCAUGGAAGCCCAUUAUCUAUGAAGAGCAAUUGCAGUGCUGACAGGGUGAUGCUAAAGAAGAGGUCUUCGAGCCAGGUACUUCCUUCAAGAAGCAGAAAGCUCUGGUGGAAGCUUUUCCUCUGGAGUCAUAGAAAUCUCCAUAAGCCUUGGACCUCUAAGGUGCAGAGGCUAAUUUCUGCGAGUGAUGCCUCCAACCAGAAAGGCGGGUAUACUUCAGACACACUUGAGCCAAGUGGUGACAUGAGGAAAAAGAAACCAAUGGAGGAGCCAAUGAGUAGAAUUAGAACUGAUUUAUGGCCUCAGAACCAGUGGGUUGCGUUCUCUGCGCAAUCCUCCCCCAUAGACAGAGUCAAUGCUUGGGUAAAUAGCCUUGAGGACAAUCUGUUUUGCCCACUCAAUGAUGAUGACAAUAAUGAAGGGGAAGCAACUUCAGCUGUUGUUCCCCCAAAUUCUUUUGAUAUUGGGGAAUCUUCAGGGAAGAACCACUCUCACUCAAUCUGGCGCUUGGAGGAGGUUGUGCAGGCCAACAAUGUCAUCCAAUCUCUGAAUUCACUCUCCUCUGUGGCUCAUAUCUCUGGCAUGGGCUUGAAGGUCAUUCCCACCAUCUCGGCAUUCACCAGCCUCCGUUCCAUCAAUUUAUCCAGCAACUUCAUAGUUCAUAUUUCCCCGGGAUCACUGCCCAAGAGCCUUCACACACUUGACCUGUCCAGGAACAAGAUUGCCACCAUUGAGGGCCUCAGAGAACUGACAAGGUUGCGAGUUCUUAAUCUCAGCUAUAACCGAAUAUCACGAAUUGGUCAUGGACUGUCAAACUGCACUCUCGUCAAAGAGCUUUAUCUUGCUGGAAACAAGAUCAGUGAUGUGGAGGGACUCCACCGGCUCCUGAAGGUCACUGUCCUAGACCUGAGCUUCAACAAGAUAACCACUACAAAGGCCCUGGGCCAGCUUGUUGCCAACUACAAUUCUCUCUUGGCCCUCAAUUUAUUGGGCAAUCCGAUCCAGAGAAACAUCGGGGAUGAUCAGCUUCGCAAGGCAGUCUCAGGCCUCCUCCCAAGGCUAGCCUAUCUAAACAAGCAGCCUAUCAAGCCACAGAGGGCAAGGGAGGUGGCCUCUGACAGUGUCGCCAAGGCUGCACUUGGGAAUGGUGGGUGGAGCUCUCGGAGGAGGGCGACUAGGCGAGUGAGCCAAGGAUCAAACUCUUCAAUCAGGGGCAGGAGUGGGGAAGGAAGUAGCCUCAGGGGAUUGGGUAGCAUUGGUGGGCAGAAGGACAGCAGGCACAGAUCAAAAAGCAGGCACCAACAUUCAAUCUCUUCAAGGAAAUAAGUGUGGAAUAGUUUGUACCAUGGAAUAUUAUCCAUUAUCUGGACGUGAAUAAUGCCUUGUAGUGAAUUUGGGACUGUUAUGAGGGUCAUUGGUCCAUUUGCAGCUUUUGGGUUCUGUUAGUUCUGAAGUUGACAUGAUCACAUGUUAGCAAUAUCACCACAGUUUGGUGGGGUUACAGAGAAGGGUCUUUUUUUAUUUAUGAAUAAAAGUAUGAUAUGAAUUCUAUAACA